CACGUGCUCAAGGUCACGGGGUCGCCGUUAAUUAAUUGUAUGUACGACGACUAGAAGAGAGAGCAAGAGAAUCAUGUCGAUGCGAGACAAGCUGGGCCCUGCAAUGGCCAAUCUACUACCAGUGGUACCAAUCAUGGUACCUCUGGCCGCGCACUUUGUGAUGACCAACUUUGCAAUGCUGGAGACGAUGUCAGUUGUGGCCAAGGCCAGCAUAUGGCUCCCACUCACCUACAUCUUCUACAACAUCAUCUUCUUUUACGUCGGGAUCUGGACACUCCAGGACAAAGAAAAUAUCCUUCCUGUCGCCGUGGUACAUGCGUUGCUCUUCACCCCUUAUAAAUUGUAUCUAAGUCAGGUGCCUUGUUUCCCCUAAAGUAUGUACAUGUAUGCUGGGGAUAGGUUCAACCUGUGUAAGGAGUCAAACACAUGCACGAUAGUGUUUUGUGUGUACUUAGUUCAUGUUUGUGGUGGUGGUGAGUGCUCUCAAUGACAUCAUCAUGCUAGGAGCCAACUACUCAAAUGCCAGUGACACAUUCGACCAUUAUAACAAUGGUGCUGAAGGAAUGUGGAGAUUUUCAGCUGGGUAUCCUUUCCACUGCCUCCCUUUCCCAUUCAUUUCUCCUUGUUCUGUACUAUCAAGCACUAUACACACACAUAAAGCAAUUUGUCUUUCCUCAUGUUCCAUCUUCUUCCCCAGCCUCUUACAACUAUGACCUCUAACCCUUGGCUUUGUAUGCUCCAAAUUGUGUGUUGAGGGCUUAAUCCUUGGGAUGAGGCUAUACUAUAUACUCAUUAAUGGUUCCCUGUCUUCCUUGACUGGUGGUGUGCGUCAUACAGAAUGAUGAUCCUGAAUCUCGUCGCAAAACCUUUCACCAUUGCUCUGUCGUGUGUCUCCAUCUACUUCCGUACCCGACCUGGCAUGCCAGGCUCCUCCACUGCUGGUGGUGCCUACCAGCCAGUUGGGGAACACGCAGGAAACUAGGGCUGUUAGUGGAGGCUUUUAGCCGUCGCUAAGUAUUGUGUGUAAUCACAAUCAAAUUUGUAGUGUAUAAACAAUUAUACGACGAGUAUUGUUAGGGUCAAUGUGAUAUACAGUGCAGUAGCGUAUCGUCACCGAUCGAAUCCCGGUCAUGUUUCACGGAUGAGGCUCGUAGUGGUUCUACGGUCGGGCGUGUGCGUACGCCGUUGUGGGAGACGAAGAAACGGACCGGAGCAGUAGCCGGAGAUUAUGGCGGCGACUGGGCAUGGGGGGCGAGAAAGAUCGAUGCCGGGGCGCGCCACCUCCCAACCGGCUCUACCGCGACUCAACGCCCGCGCCAAACAUACCAAACAGCUGGUACGUCAACAGGCGUCACUAGACUCCCUACUCUCACCUGACCACACCCCCGAGCAUGUCGUCAUAGAGACAGUCAACUCGGAAGGGGAGGCCGUACUUUGGAAGGUGUUUGUUACGGAGGUGAAUGGAAUCAGGAUGCUGGACUUGUACGGUGGGUGUGGCCAAGAUGAGCAGUUACCACGGCGACCUCCUCUCACUCAGCUGCCUAGUGAAGUGUGUGAUCUGAUCCACUUGAAGAGACUGUGGGCCAGCCACAACCUCCUCACCUCCCUCCCUCCCUUCCUUCCCCGUCUUUCCCAUCUCCACCAACUCUUCCUCCAGGAAAACCAGUUUAGCCAGUUUCCCACGGCAGUCUGCUCCCUCCCCUCCCUCCACACUCUCUGGCUCAGUCAUAAUCGCAUUCCCGAGAUUCCCGAUGACAUCACCAAUCUCUCAUUGCUACAGCGACUCCACCUGGACCACAACCAAAUCAGUGUUUUCCCCGACUCUUUAACCCUUCUGCCUCACCUCACGGUCCUCUACCUCAACAACAACAAUCUGCAGACACUCAGCCAAGACAUUGGAAGACUGGCAACCCUAGAGCAUCUUAUUCUCCAUGACAACCUGAUAACAGAGCUACCUCGCGGUGUGACUGACCUCGCCGCAGUACAAAGAUUCGACCUACGCCACAAUCAACUGAAACACCUGUCAAAAGAGUUUCGUUCGUUUCAGGCAGAGAAAAGCUCCACCGGAGGGAAGAUAUUGACGGCGGGGAACCCCCUUGAUAAGACGCUAACGAGGAUGCUGUCCGUGGAGCAGACCAGCCCCUUGCUGCGUCCCCGUACCAUGUCAUUCCCGCUGACUGGGUACGGGACACGGCGCAAGUCAGAGUCAACUCCAAGCCCCUCCCCCUCCCCCUCACACCAUCGUCGUCACAUCUUCUAUCACUCCCAAUCUGAAGACCGAGCAUGAGCCAGUGAUUACAUCAUCACCGAAACGUUAUAUUCAAUCAGCAAUGUUUUUAAUUUGUCACUUUCAGUAUUUUUACAGUGCUUAUGUUACAUUACAUCAUCAGUGAAGAUAAUUUUCUUGCAGUCACAAUAUGCAGGAGUUCACACUAUUUCAUCAGACCAGACAGCCAACUAUAUGAGUGGUUUCCUGGCUGGUCGUCAUGGAGUGUG